GGGCAGAAUCUACCGCAGAAACACACAAACAGCCCGUAGAGAAAUGAGCAGACAUACAGACGGUGGAUACAGAAGUCGUAGUGCCGUAUGUUGAACUAACAUUACAGACGUCUGUUGUAAGAUGGAUCAUUCUGCAUCAGAUACUGAGACCGAUGACUACAAUCGGCCCUUGCUGCAGCGCAAAGAGGAAAAUGCAGAAAAAGCUCCUGCCUGCUGUUCAGCGCGCUACGGGCUGUCCGUGUUGGCCUGCUAUGGGUUCUUUGUGGCUUACGCCCUGCGGGUGAACCUGAGCGUGGCCAUGGUAGACAUGCUCAACACUACCAGCUCCAGCAAUGCCAGCCAGUCUGUCUGUCCUAGGCACGCCAGCCCAGCGAGACCCAAACACAACCAUACCGCCAGUGUGUAUGACUGGGACUCGGAGACGCAGGGCUGGAUCCUGGGCUCGUUCUUCUACGGGUACAUAGUGACGCAGAUACCCGGUGGCUAUCUGGCGCGCAAGUAUGGCGCCAAGUGGCUGCUGGGCUUUGGGAUCCUGUGCACUGUGAUUUUCACCCUGCUCACGCCAGUGGCAGCAGAUCUGGGGGCCGGCUACCUCAUUGCUGUUCGAGUGCUGGAGGGCAUUGGAGAGGGGGUCACAUUUCCUGCCAUGCAUGCUAUGUGGGCUUCCUGGGCCCCGCCAAUGGAGCGCAGUCGACUGCUGACCAUCUCAUACACAGGUGCUCAGCUGGGAACUGUGGUGGCCUUGCCGUUGUCUGGCAUGAUUUGUUUCUACCUUGACUGGACCUAUGUCUUCUAUGUAUUUGGAGUUGUUGGGAUGGUCUGGUUCGUCCUCUGGGCUGCACUUGUGAGCAACACACCCAGCACACAUCCCAGGAUAUCAGAACAAGAGAGGCACUACAUCGCUGCCUCACUCAAAAACGAGCUCUCGCCAACCUCGGAUUAUAUACCCUGGGGAUCAAUUUUAACGUCGUUGCCAUUGUGGGCAAUAGUAGUCGCCCAUUUCUCUUACAACUGGACAUUCUACACACUGUUGACUCUGCUUCCAACCUACAUGAAUGACAUACUUGGCUUCAGUAUCCAACAGAAUGGGAUGCUGUCAGCCUUGCCCUACCUGGGCUGCUGGUUGCUGGCGCUGCUGGGCGGUCAGCUGGCAGACUACCUGAGGGAGACAUGUCAGUUCCGCACUGUUGCCGUGCGCAAGGCCUUCACCCUCAUUGGAAUGGUUGGGCCGGCACUGUUCCUGAUUGCUGCCGGCUUCACAAACUGUGACUACAUCAUGGCAGUGGCCUUCCUCACUGCCUCCUCAUCGCUGGGUGGUGUGUCUGCCUCUGGAUUCAAUAUCAACCAUCUGGACAUAGCACCCUCUUAUGCUGGGAUUUUACUUGGGAUCACCAACUCCUUUGCCACCAUCCCAGGAAUGGUGGGACCAGUCAUAGCAAGAGCACUGACUAAAUCCAACACUAUCGAGGAAUGGCGAACUGUGUUCUACAUCUCAGCGGGGAUUAACCUAUUUGGAGCAGCCUUCUUCACGCUGUUUGGGCAGGGGUCAGUCCAGCCAUGGGCAGUCCACCGCACACAUUCUCAGUGAAACUCACAAUGCAAGAUGCUCUCACCAUUUACGGAGGAUGCAUGUGGUAUGACCAAAGGAAUGGACACUGAACUGAACUUUGGGAUCAGUCUUAGAUAGAUGUAGUAUUCGCACAAUUAUCAAAAGAGAUUUACAUGGCUGACUUUUUGUUUUAUAAUAUGUAAAUAUUAUAUUGUUUUAUUAUUUUGUAUGUGUUUGCACAACACCUUACAUGUCAAUACUACAGCCUUUUCGUUCAUCACUUACUCAUGGCAUUAUAUUUGUUUCACCAUCCCAAAUGGUGGCCUGUUUUGCUCAUGAGCCAUUCCUCAAGCUUACCUGAUUCCAUUGAUAGUCAAGCUUACUAAUGGUGUAAAGGGAACACCAGUGAAUUGGUAUUUCACUAAUUGUUUGAAGGAACAGGUAUGUCUACAGUAAAUUAUCCUGAACUUGUUCACUUUCUGGGUCAACUUCACAUGUAAAUGGACCCUGGUGUUCAAAUAAUUUAAAAGCCAUUAAAAGGUUCAGUGCUGAAAGUUGAGACAUUAAAUGGUUUCAACUGUAUUAGAUUUCUUAUAAAGAUUGUUACAACAAGAAAUGUAUCUGUAAAAAAAGAGACUAGAGUUUCUCCCAUUUUGGUCCUAUUAAGGUGGAGGCUAUGGUUAGACCUGCUGCAUUAGUGUUGAAAAGGGGAAACAAUGGUACUUUGAAAACUGUGAAGAUAUGGCUUGCUUUGCCAUCAUGUAAUGGUAGUUUAGUUUGAAAGCAAAACAGAUAUUAUUGAAGGAGUUGCCUUUAGAUUAAAUCACUACGAUCACAAAGCAUUUACAUUUAUUUUACAAAUACCGGUUUCCUCUGGAGUACUGACAUUCCAGAGCUGAAAUGAAGUGGUUGAGAGUGUAUUGGAGUUUGAAAGCCAGAACACACAUGAAGUCUGUGUUCUCCUAGAACAAAUGCCCUGGCCUUUGUUGUACCCAAACUGUACUAUGAUGAAGAAAGUAUGAUUGUCGAACCAAAAGUAUGCCAAAGGCUGUCUAACCAAUAGCAUUCUGUUGUGGAUCUUGUUGGGGUUGAAUGGGGUGAAUGUGUCAAGACUUUUUGUUCCACUGACGGUCUUCUAUCGCCAUCUAACUGCAGUGAUCUUCACAGUGGACCAUAACAUUACUGCUUUAGAUCUCCACACACUUUGUGUUUUAUCUGCGAUCAUAUUUAGCACAAUAUUGAAAAGCUGGAGAUCCAUCUGUUUGGAUUGUACAGAUCCAUAAGACUUUUGAGCUUUGUAGUAGUUUUUUCUCUGGUCAGGUGUCUAAUAUCUCCUCUCCUAGAUGUGCCUUAAAUCCGCAAUUAGUAUGCACUUUUGGUUUCAACUAAUUCAAACAGUUGACACUGAAUACUUGUUUUUGGUUUGCUACAUCCUUUCCUGGAAUGUGAGGUAGCCUAUUGUGCAAAGGCAUAUAUUUGUUGAAUUUUUUGAUGUGCUAUGUCCUUUCCUAGAAUGUGUAGCCUAUUGUGCAAAGGCAUAUAUUCGUGAACACUUCUUCUCAAAUACACUUGUUAUUGAUGUCACAGUUCACCAAACAUAGUGCAAGAAUCAAUCACUACAUGAACAAGUACAAUACUGCAGACAGGAUUUUAGCCAUGACUUCUCCAGCGGGCAUGUGUUUCGUUCAUGUCUGGAGUCAAGGACUAGCUCAGGUGAAAGUUUGACCAGCCCUGUUUUUCCCCCCUUCUUUUCUGUUUCUGUGAAAAUACAAGUGCUGACGUAUUUACAUAUUUAAAUACAUCACUCUGGAAUGGUGUGCCUGUUGGUUUAAGUCAGGGAGCGUCAUUCAGUUGUUGCUUGAACCCUGAGAUCAGAAGGGAAGAUUUUUCCACUUUUUAAAAAAAAAAAAAACUAUUUGCCAAUUUUAUUUGUAACAUUUGUUAAACUUUUAUUUGAAUGUGUAGGCUAUUUUAUUAUUUUGAAUAAUCAUGUCAAGGUCCUGCAAAGGGACAUGGUGGGAUUUUAUUCUAUAUUGCGGUGGGAAUUUAUUUAUUGAGUUCCCAUUGUAUUCUUUUGCGUUCCUUUGUUAUAGUUUUACAUUCUUUGCAAAGUCAAAAUUCCAGGGAAUGGAAAAUGACCUCUAAAAAUACAUUUCCACCAUGGCCCUUCGCGGCCUUAGUAUUUUUGAGUUGCAAGGGUCAUUUGUAAACACCGUCUUUGUACUGAACUUGAAAAACUUUGUGAUGAGAAUGAUGUUUCACUGUGUAGCAGUUGCAACACAUGCUGGAUUACAAAUACAUUCUUAUGUGGUAGCCAAUACAUUUCAUGCCACUGUCAAUUUGAACGCACAGGAAUAUUAAAGAUCUAUCAGCA